UUUUCGAAAACAACACAACCAUGCCAUCUCUGGUUUCAGGAGUAUGCGGCCGGCACGCUGUUUGGUGCUGCGCUGUUCGCUGCUGGAGUCUUUGCGCCUGGCACAAUCAUUGCGCAGAUGAGAUUAGAGGACUUCUCAAUGGUCAAGGCAAUGCUCGGUGCAAGUGCUACAAGCGCCCUAGUCGUACACCUGGCCGAUUCUUCGAAAUUCGCCGCAAUGAAACCUCGCACUCCUCAAUCCAUUGGCUUCUUCCCUUACGACGGCAACAUCAUUGGCGGCAGCAUGAUCGGAGUAGGCAUGGCAUUGACCGGUGCUUGUCCUGGUACCGUUUUCGUUCAAGCAGGCGCAGGCCUUCCCAGCGGCAUUUACGUUCUCGGUGGUGGCAUCCUCGGCGGUCUGCUCUUCGUCUCUGCCCAACCCAGCAUUGCAAGACUUCGUAAAAGCAGAGGAAGCAACAAGACGAACUCCGAAUUGACUAUCCCGAAGAGUCUCGGCGUAAGCCCCUGGGUCGUGCUCGCCAUGUGGGAGAUUAUGUGCUUCGGCAUGCUGCAGCUCCUUUCCGGUUUCAAGGGCUCUAUGACAGGAACACAAGGUCUUGUGUCACCUGUCCUCGGAGGGCUUCUCAUCGGCGCCGCACAAGCUUGUGCCAUCGCUCUCACUCGCCACACUGUUGGUACUUCUGGCGGAUUCGAAGAUGUUGGUCGCUGGCUGCGCAAUGUGAUCUCUGGCGAUGCAUCCAAGGGUCCUAUUACUGCGUCUGUCUUGUUCGACGCUGGCAUCGUGUCUGCAAGCGCCUUGCUUGCCCGCUUCUUGCUGCCUGCUGCUUCAGCACAAGCACAAGCAUCAUCGCAUCUGAUUUCGCGAUCUACCGCCGUCAUCGGUGGUGUGGUCAUGGCUUUUGGUUCAAGAUUGGCAGGCGGUUGCACAUCGGGACAUGGCAUAAGCGGUCUUGCAACGUUCUCAUGGGCCAGUCUGGUUUCCGUUGCAAGUAUGUUCGCUGCGGGUGUCCUGACUGCCGCCUUGAGA